UUUCGGUUAUUUUCGUCAGUGGCCAUCGAGCCUUGGCUACGGCAAUAUCGUGAAUUGUGUGUGUUAUGUCAAAAGGCUUCCUCUCCCUCCAUCACUCGAGUCUGCCAUCAAUACACACACACACACACACGAAACAACCUCCCUGGGAUUAAGAGGAAGCUCGUAUGUGUACAGUAUGUGUAUGUGUGUGUGUACUCGUGUAAAUACAUUUUAUAACCCAUUAAAAUCACAAAUCCUAUAAAUUCAAUGUUUUCAUCCUUUCUUCCUUUUUUACAAACUUCAUUUUAACACCGUGUUAUAUGACAAGUUAAAAGUGAUACUUUUAAUGUAUAAAUAAUAAUAAAUAUACAUACUUAAUAAUUUUAAUAAGUUUCAAAAGAAAUUAAAAUAAAGUGAUUUAGUUGAUAAAGAGACUCUUUGUGCAAAUUUUAAAAAUAUUAGUUUAAAGGAAAAUUAAUUCAAUAAAACAAAAAAAAUCGCAAAUUAAUUAACGUUUUAUCAUUAUUGACAUCGAUUUGUUUAUUUUUUUUCUUCAGCUUUGUUUUGUCAUAAUUCGUUUUUUUGUUCGUCAAUAGUUUUGUGGAUAAUUUAAUUGAGUUAAAAUAUUGUUUAUAUGACAAUAUAAAAGUAUUUAAAAAUAUAUUCUUUGUUUGAACGGUCGUUGAGUUCGAGGCAAAAGUGACGAGGACACUGGCCUCGCGUCUACCAUCGUUCCCCGCCGUCAUUGUCGUUACCAUUCAACAGUAAAAACACCCAGCUUCAAGUGUUAUUCUAUCUUAGACAUUUAGCUACAACUUUGAACUCUAAUACUCUGUAAAUUAAUUUAUAAAUCAUAUUCAAAGGUGUUAUUAGUAAAAAAAUAAUAUAUUGACAAUUAAAAAUGUCUCAAAACACAAAAAGUUGACCUAACCUAAAUAGUGCUGGAGUACAAGUGACUUUGUGUUAUCCUUUUUUUUUUUUGUUUUUUCUAGUUCAAAAAAAUUUUUUUUUCACUUUAUUUCUCUAGUUUCUUUAUUAGUCACAAUUUUUGAAAAAAAAAAAAAUAAAUAAAGAGAAAAGUUAAAGAUAAAAAUUCAACAAAAAAAAAAAAAAUAAGAAUUCUAAACUGAAAAGUGCGAAGAAAAACCUUAUUUUUAAAAUAUUGUCAUCAACUUGUGAUAAAAAUUGUGAGUAGGCAUAAAAUAUUGAAGUUUGAAGACUUUUGAUGGCAGUAGUGGGGCCGAGUCGGCACUCGCGGGUGUCCAUGAGCGUGUCAAUGUCUUUGAUGCAGGGGGGUGGGGCUGGUGCAACUGCUGGUGGGGGUACAACAGGGGCCCAUCCGGGUCAAGCGGUAUUAGCAGCAGCUGCUUCUGGACAAGGCCCACCUAAUUAUUAUCAUCCAAAUGGACCUGCACCGCCACCACCACCACCACCCACACAGGAUCCUGCCCAGCCUGACAGGCCCAUUGGAUAUGGAGCUUUUGGUGUUGUUUGGGCUGUCACUGAUCCAAGAGAUGGAAGAAGAGUUGCACUAAAAAAAUUACCAAAUGUCUUUCAAAGUUUAGUAAGCAGUAAACGAGUUUUCAGAGAACUCAAAAUGCUGUGUUUCUUCAAACACGAAAAUGUUCUGUCUGCACUCGAUAUUUUGCAGCCACCACAUGUCGACUUCUUCCAGGAAAUAUACGUGAUAACAGAAUUGCUUCAAAGUGAUUUGCACAAGAUUAUUGUUAGUCCACAGCAUCUCAGUGUUGAUCACAUCAAGGUCUUCCUUUACCAAAUUCUUCGGGGGCUCAAGUAUUUACACACUGCAAGAAUUCUUCACAGGGAUAUUAAACCAGGAAAUCUUCUGGUCAAUAGUAAUUGUGUGUUGAAGAUUUGUGAUUUUGGUCUUGCCAGAGUUGAAGAGCCUGAUAAAAACAAACAUAUGACCCAGGAAGUUGUGACACAGUAUUAUCGUGCACCGGAAAUACUUAUGGGUGCACGUCAUUAUACAGCAGCUGUUGAUGUUUGGAGUGUUGGUUGUAUAUUUGGUGAAUUAUUACGUCGACGUAUAUUAUUUCAGGCCCAAAGUCCUGUACAACAAUUAGAAUUAAUAACUGAAUUAUUGGGUACACCAUCAUUAGAAGAUAUGAAAUAUGCAUGUGAAGGUGCAAAAACACAUAUGUUAAGAAGAGCACCAAAACCAUCAUCAAUUGCAGCAUUGUAUACAUUGAGUACUCAAGCAACUCAUGAAGCUGUUCAUUUAUUGUGUGCAAUGCUUAUGUUUGAUCCAGAUAAAAGAAUUAGUGUUGUUGAUGCAUUGGCACAUCCUUAUAUUGAUGAAGGAAGACUGAGAUAUCACUCGUGCAUGUGCACGUGUUGUUACACAUCGAAUUCUGGUGUAAGAAUAUAUACAACUGAUUUUGAGCCAGCAACAGUAAAUCCUUUCGAUGAUCUUUGGGAACGUAAACUAGGAACUGUCCAGCAAGUUAAAGAGGCAAUGCAUACAUUUAUCGGUGAACAAUUAAAUUCUACACGUGUACCACUUUGUAUAAAUCCUCAAUCAGCUGCAUUUAAAAGUUUUGCAAGCUCAACUGUGGCGCAUCCUUCGGAGUUGCCGCCUUCGCCGCAUCAAUGGUAGUGAAUUUUUUUAAAUCAUCGUCUUAAAAAAAAAUCUAAUUGAAUUUAAAUAAAUAAAUAAAAAUAAAAAAAAGCUACCCAGAACGGAGAGGAACAGAUAUAACAACAAAAGAGAGCUAUAGACUGCCGAGCAACACUUUUCUUCUCAAGUGAUUUUACUAUUUUAAAAAAAUUAAUUACAAUUGAAACAUAUAAUAGUGUCAGUGUACAUAUUUAACAGCUUGAUAUAAGUAUGCACAGACUGUGUAGAGAAAAAAAAAAUGACGGAAUUAAUUUUUAACUACCAAUAAAGUCAAGUUAUUUUUUCUUGGAAAUAUUGAUUAAAUCAAAAAUUAAUCUAUAUUUUUUCGAUAAAAUAACUUGGCUCUACAUAGGCAAUUUUUCUUCUAUUAAUUUUAAACUAAUUUUUUCUUUAAAUGUAAUAAGCUAGUUAACAAUUUUCCUCUUUCAUUAAAAACUAUUUGUUUUUUUUUUAAUUUUUUUUUAAUAAAUGACUAUGCAUGAGCGUACACGUUAUAAACGUUAGAAACUGACUGCAGUUGAUAAUAAAUCAACAAUAUUUGUAAUUCAACGAUAAAAACAAAAAUUAGUAUAAAUAAAUGCGUUUAAUGUAUUUUAUUGUGAUCGAAAGUGUAAAAAUAAUAAUAGAAAAAUGUAUCACGCUUUCUUGGGUCCCGAAGUUUAUAGAAACGUGCAAUUUAUUAUGCAAUUUAAAAAAUUUAAAAACUUCAAUUUGAAUAUUAAAUAAUCGUUAGUGAAUAAUGAUAGUAAUUUUUUUUUUAAUAUCUUGAAAGUUUCGUUAAAAUUAUUGAUACACUUACUAGCUUUUUUUUUUGUUUAAACAACUUUUUGCAACUUUUUUUUAAUGGUUCAUGAAAAAAUAGAGUAAUAUCUUUGUUAAAAAUAAUAAAUUAAAUAUUGUAACAUAUUUUUUUUCUUUUUUUUCUUUCAGUUUUUGAUUGAAAGAGAAAAAAAAAAAAUUGUUGAUAAUUGUAUCGUUUAAUUAAUUACGUAUUGUUUGUGAUUUUAAAUAGUAUAAAUUUUCAUUAUCAAAGCUUACUUAAAAAUUAACUUAACAACAAGAUUAUGAAAUUAUUAAUGCACUGAAUUUUUCAAAUUUUUUUUGUCAAAAUAAAAAAUUAUAUUCAAAAUAAAUUCAAACGUACUAAAAAUAUAAGAGCGUGUUAAAUAAUCGAGUGUAAUAAAAAUUAAGGGACCCAAUUGAAUUUAUUAUAAACAGUAAAUGAAUAAUUUUUUUUUUACUUUUAAUUUUAAUAAAUAAUAAUGUUUUUAAAUCUCGUAGAUAGUAUUAUAAGACAAUUUAGCAUUUAUUUUCUCAAAAAAAAAAAUAAUUGAUAAAAUAACAUUGAAAACAAUCGUACUGUUAAAAAACUGUAAAACAAAUACCUACUCGUAGAAAGAAAUUUUAAUUAGCAAAAUUGUAAUAGAAGAAUUUAAAAAAAAAAAAAACAAAAAAUAAUGUAUAAUGACGUUCACUCAUCUGUAAAUAAUUCAUUGCCUAACUGUAAAUAUGGACUGAAUCAAAUUAUCGAUUUUUUGUGUUUUUAAAUUAAAUAUUUUAGUUUAAAUGACUUGCACGAAUUGAAAUUUGAAAAACAAAAAAAAAACAAUAUAAGACUAUUUAAAAAUUUUCUCAGUGUCAAAGUUACAUACUUUGUCUUCUCAAUAUAGUACACAUUAAAAAUAUUAAAAAUAAAUCUUAUAAUGAUUGAAUUUAAAAACAUUAUAAAAAUUUUAAAGAUGAAAGAAAAGUUGAUUAAGUAAGAAGGAUAGUUAGCGAAAUGUCGUUUUAGCUUUUCCUGCCAAUUAGCCAGCAAAUCGCUGCCGAUUAUAAACUUUAAAUAAAAUAGGAAAAAAAUUGAUUGAUAAUAAACAAAUGAUGAAAAAGAAAAAAAAAUGAAAAAAAGUGUAAAGACUUUUAUUAAAUAAUUAUUUACGUUGUGAAUAUAAUUAAUGAAAAAAAAAAAAAAGCAGUUUGAUUUUUUUUAUGCGGGUAAUUCAAAAAAUAUUUAAUGAAAAAAUAAUUAUAAUAAUCAAACUGAAUGUUUAUUGAAAAUUUUAGUUAUCUUGAUAAUGUGUUAAAUUGACGAAUAGAAAAUUUAAUUACUUAAUAGUCUUAGAAUAAUUUUGAGUAAAAUUUGAAGAAAAAUUUCUUUUUCCAAAUUAAAAAUUUAACACUAAAAUUAGAAUUUAAAUCUUGAUAUUUUUCGUGAGUAAAUAAAUAAAUGAAUAAAUAAACAAAAAAUAGCAACGAAAAAAAUUAUUUAUGAAAAUUUUAUUUCCAAAUGAUGGCUUUGUACUUUGAUAUAUGUUAGAAGUAUAUUUAAAAAUAAUUUUUAUUUUCAAUCAAUAAAAACAGUGAAAAAAUUAGGAAUUUUUUUUUUUUUUUUUUUUGUUAUAUGUGUAAAUAGCCAAGUAUUGAUUGGGUAUUUUGAUUUUUCAAAAUAAUAAAAAUCACAGCUCAUUAAAUAAUAAAUAGAAAAAAAAAAAAAAAUCUGAUUAGCUAAAAUACGCCUUGAUUUUUAAAAGAACAAAAAAGUAUGAACCAAAAAAAAAAUAAUAGUAUCGAUAAAAUAAAAAUUAUGUAAAAAGAAAAAAGUCGCUAAUGAUUGCAAAAAAAUAAAAACAAAAAAAUCACGAUAUUACAUCGCUUCCUGAAGAGUAGAAAACUUGUAGAAUUAAAAAUUUGAAUGACAAUUAAAUCUAGUUGACGAUUUAUUAUUUAAAAAAAAAAAAAAAGCUCAUCAUUAAUAAAUAUUCUCUUAAAUAAAUACUAUAACUUAUAGCAUAAUACUCCAAUAAAUUUUUUUAGAUUUUUAAUAAUAAAUUUUUGUAAAAUAGUAAAUUGAGCUUUUUUUUUUUUCUUUUUUUAGAUUAUUGUGUCAACUGGAUUGAAUUUAAGUAAAUAAACAGUGUGAUGACCUGUCGUUAGUAACUAAGAGGCC